GACGGCGGCAGUCACAAACACAAGUGAUAAACAAGGUUGGAAUAUCCCAUAUCUGCGACCACUUAUGCUUGGUGUUCUGUCCUGUGUUGCGGCUUGCGGAUACUCGGGUCACCUGGUGAUCGUCGUUUCAUUGUUGAAGAUGGCAGGGAUAAUUUGGCUGUUCGCGGUGGCCACUAUGAGCGUCGUCGAUGGAGGUCCCGUGCUUUACGUGGAGCCUGAACAGGUUCACCUGUCCUAUGGAGCCCUUCCUACGCAGAUGCUGGUCACGUGGACAACUUUCGACCCGACCAACGAUUCCGUGGUGGAGUUCGGCGAAGACGGCCUGGACAGGCAAGCCACGGGCCAAAGCACCAAGUUCUACGACGGCGGCUCCGAGAGGAGGCUCAUCUAUAUCCACAGGGUCCUCCUGGAAGACCUCACGCCAGGGGCGUUUUACGUGUACCAUUGUGGUUCUCGGAUGGGCUGGAGUGCCACCUUCUGGUUCCGGGCGAAGAACGCCAGCGCCAGGUGGAGUCCCCGGCUGGCCGUGUUCGGGGACAUGGGCAACGUGAACGCCCAGUCGCUGCCUUUUCUGCAGGAGGAGGCCCAGAAAGGAACCAUCGAUGCCGCCCUUCACGUUGGUGACUUCGCUUACAACAUGGAUUCGGACAACGCCCGGGUGGGGGACGAGUUCAUGCGCCAAAUCGAGCCGGUGGCGGCCUACGUGCCGUACAUGACCUGCGUCGGCAACCACGAGAAUGCCUACAACUUCUCCAACUACGUCAACAGGUUUUCCAUGGUCGACCACACCGGGCGAGUGAACAACCACUUCUUCAGUUUUGACAUCGGACCCGCGCACAUCAUCAGCUUGUCGACUGAAUUUUAUUUCUUCGUUGAAUACGGAUUCCUGCAGAUAAAGAAUCAGUACGAAUGGCUGGAACAAGACCUCAAGGAGGCUACGCGGGCGGAGCGGCGCCGCGAGAGGCCCUGGAUCAUCACCAUGGGACACCGGCCCAUGUACUGCAGCAACAACGACCGAGACGAUUGCACCAUGAACGAGAGCAUCGUGCGUAAAGGAAUCCCCUUGGUCCACCUGUACGGACUCGAAGAUCUGUUUUACAAAUAUGGAGUUGAUCUCGAAUUCUGGGCUCACGAGCACUCGUACGAGCGGCUUUGGCCAGUCUACAACCGCCAGGUCUACAACGGCAGCGCUGAAAAGCCUUACACGAACCCUCGAGCGCCGGUGCACAUUAUUACGGGAUCAGCUGGCUGCCAGGAGAAGCUGGACCCGUUCGUGAGAAAUCCGGCGGAAUGGAGCGCCGCACGUUUCUCUGACUACGGCUACACAGUAAUGACGCUGCACAACGGCACCCAUUUGAGCCUGCAGCAGUUUUCCGUGGAAAACGGACUUCAGCUCUUGGACGAAAUCACAAUCGUGAAAGAAAGCCAUGGAGCCUACCCCACCUUCCAUCGUGGAGCCACUGAGUGAAGUUCGUUCUAUCUUGCACUGGCCACGGCUGGCGAUGGAACCAAGCUACGACGAGUUAUGACUGGGCCUCAAGGGAUACUCGCCCUCAGUCUGUAAAAAUGCGAUAACAUGAAACAUGUUUUCUUCAAUUCA